UUCGAUCGCCGACAUCGGUCCGAAACGUUUAAGUAACUGCAAAAAUCACUUUCGCGCAGAACAAACUUUAUAAUACCCUCAUCGCAAAUCGUCGUAGACUCAAUACAAGUCGAUAUAAAGGUACACUUGCGUCAAGGGCAUCCCUAACAGCAUAGUAUCUCGCGAGACCGUUCGCGUAUCACGUAUUCCGAAAACGAUAAUCGUUGAUCGUUGACCGGCACGUCGUCGUGAGGUAUAACGCCUGUACCGUGGACGCGCGCUCCUCUGUCCGCGUAAAAUACACUGUGCGCCCGCGUGUUGGAAAGUUCGACUUCGCCGGAUAACCGUAGCACGACCACGGGUUACAGACGCAUAAAAUCCUGUUCAGAGUUUAUCGUACACGCGUACCUACAUCGUCGUUUUACCGAUAUAAUAUUGUUUACACAUUAUAUUAUUUGCAUAUGAGAUGAAAACGUAAGAAAAAUGAAAGCACAGUGCUCUACCAUCGUAUUGUUUUAUUACUGCUGCUGUACUAUCGCGGUCCUGCGUCUGACGGGAGCUGUGUCGACGCGACAUGAACGCGAUCAGGACGACGACGCCGUCACCGUCCAUCCUUGCCAGAGAGAAUGUCGCGUGGACGAACCGCCAAAAACGUGCGAGUACCGUUUCAAAGUGGAAUGGUACUACACAAUGAGCAAGGCUUGCUACGACUGUCCGUACAACAUGACCGAUUGUUACAGACCUGACUGUGUGCCAGCCGACGGCGUUGCAAAGCCCAUUAUCGUCAUCAAUAGAAGUCUGCCAGGACCUUCCAUACAAGUGUGCUUGGGUGACACGGUCAUGGUGGACGUGGAGAACGCCAUGAUGGAGGAGUCGACGUCCGUCCACUGGCACGGGCACCAUCAGCGCAACUCGCCGUACAUGGACGGCGUGCCGUACGUGACGCAGUGUCCGGUGCCGCCGCACAGUUCGUUCCGGUACGUGUACCUGGCCGACAACGAGGGCACGCACUUCUGGCACUCGCAUUCCGGCUGCCAGCGGGGUGACGGAGCGUUCGGGUCGUUCGUGGUGCGAGCCCCGAAGUCGCGGGACGUGCACCGCGACAUGUACGACGUGGACGUACACGUCAUCACGGUUACCGACUGGCUGCAUGAGCUUGGCAUCCGCAAGUUCCUCGCCCACUACCACGGUUCGGGCAACAAUAAGCCCGAGACCAUUCUGGUAAACGGCCGCGGCCGUUACAAAGUGUUCGACGGCGGUUACCGCACGCCCCUGACGCAGUUCAACGUGACCAGAGGUAAACGAUAUAGGUUUAGACUGAUUAACGCUGGAUUCCUAAAUUGUCCAAUUUCAAUGAGUAUCGAUAAUCAUACGUUUACUAUGAUUGCAACAGAUGGAUAUAAUGUUCAGCCAGUAGUAGUCGAUUCAUUUGUAAGUUAUGCUGGUGAACGUUGGGAUUUUGUAGUGGAAGCAACAGCUAAUGUUGGCAAUUAUUGGAUGCGAUUUAGAGGAUUAAUGGACUGCGAUGAAAGAUUUACUAAGGCCUUUGAAGUAUCAAUUUUGCACUACGAUGGAGCAAGUGACGAAGAACCAGAGGGCACACCAACAUAUGACAAUACACUUCAUUCCGGAAUUCAAUUGAAUGCACUGAAUAAAGGAUCGGGACUAAUGGACACAGCCACUGUAUCAGAAUUAGAAGACGCAACACCUCCAAAACACGAUCUUCGUUUAGCAAAAAAACCAGAUGUAACGUUAUUUAUGUCUUAUGAUUUUUAUUCUUUAGAUAAUCCACAUUUCCAUAAACCUAUGUUAUAUGGAUUCAAACAAGUAUCGCAUAAGUCUGAACGUGUUUAUACACCACAAAUUAACAAAAUGUCUUUCAAGCUUCCAUCAUUUCCAUUAUUAUCUCAAAGAGAAAUGAUAGAACCUUGGAUGAGUUGUGAUCAUAUAAAGAAAGAUUGUUCAAAAGAAUUUUGUGAGUGUACAAAUAUUAUAAGAGUUCCUCUGGGGUCAGUCGUUGAACUAUUUCUCAUUGAUAAAGGUGUAACAUACAACGCAAAUCAUCCAUUCCAUUUGCAUGGACAUCCAUUUAGGGUAGUUGCGAUGGAAAGAGUAGGAAACCAUACUACUGUAGAAGAGAUAGAACAAAUGGACAGAGAUGGGCGUAUCGAAAGAAAUUUACGAACUGCGCCUCUUAAAGACACCGUAACUGUACCAGAUGGUGGAUUUACAAUAUUACGUUUUAUAGCCGAUAAUCCUGGUUAUUGGCUAUUUCAUUGUCAUAUCGAGUUCCAUGUUGAAGUGGGCAUGGCAACUGUGUUCAAAAUCGGCGAAGACUGGGACAUGCCACCAUCACCUCCAGGUUUUCCGAAAUGUGGAAACUAUAACGGUAAAGGAUUAGUGUCAAUACUAAAUCCCGAAGACAUGGAUUCGAUGUACGUGAAAAAAAAUGAAUCCAGUCAGAGUGAUGGUUUAGACGUAGAUAUCGAAAGUCGUACAAAUAUGAUAUCCACAUUAGGCAAAUGGUGGCCAUUCGUCGGAGGCGCACAUCCUUAUGUAGCAUCUGCUGCUAGUAUCAACUCUUCGUAUUUCUCAAUUUUAUUAUGUAUUAUAAUAAGCUUUUUAAUUAUUAAAUAACGUGAAGUUAUAAUAAAUAAAAAGCUUAUUGUUUAUUAAAAUGUGUAUUAUAAAAUUUAUAGUUAUAAGUAAUUGUAUAUUUAAAUUUACUGUGAAUUGUGAUAUGUAUAUAUUAUAUAGUUAUAAAUAAAAUAAAUGUUUACUUUGA